UAUAAAAGUCUCAAGGUUUGUAUCAACCAGUCUCAAGAAAACUCAUAUCUCAAUUCAUUAUAGUAAUGGCAAAUUUCGAGAAUCUUUCUUCUGAUUUUCAGACAAUAGCCAUGGAUAUAUAUUCGUCCAUAACUCAAGCUGCAGAUCUAAACAAUAACUAUAGUAACCUUCAUUUUCAAGCAUUUCAUCCUUCCUCUACUUCUCUCGACUCGCUCUUCCUUCAUCACCACCAGCAUCAUCAUCAACAACAAUUACUUCGUUUUCCCGGAAACUCUCCAGACGACAAUAGUAACAAUUUCUCCUCAACUUCAAGUUUCCUCCAUAGUGAUCACAACAACGUCGAUGAACCCAAGAAGAGAAAAGCUUUGUUACAUACUAUGUCUUCGUCGGAGAAUAGUGGUGUCUCUGAUAAUACGAAUGUUAUUACUACCGAAACCGGUUCUUUGAGAAGAGGUAAGAGGUUGAAGAAGAAGAAGGAAGAAGAAGACGAGAAAGAGAGAGAAGUUGUUCAUGUGAGAGCCAGAAGAGGCCAAGCCACUGAUAGCCACAGCUUAGCAGAACGGGUUCGGCGAGGGAAAAUAAACGAGAGAUUGAGAUGCUUGCAAGAUAUGGUUCCCGGAUGUUAUAAGGCUAUGGGAAUGGCUACGAUGCUUGACGAGAUAAUCAAUUAUGUCCAGUCUCUACAGAAUCAAGUCGAGUUCCUCUCGAUGAAACUCAAUGCAGCAAGUUCGUUUUAUGACUUUAGCUCAGAGACCGAUGCAGUUGAUUCCAUGCAGAGAGCAAAGGCACGUGAGACAGUGGAGAUGGGGAGACAAACAAGAGAUGGGAGUCCUGUCUUCCAUUUAUCAACAUGGUCCCUUUGACUUUUGUUUUCUCUUUUCUCUUUUUCUUCUUUUUAAUUGUUUUUGAAAUUAUUCUUAUAUUUAUUUGGAUGCGAUAUGUCAUAUAUACGACCCAGCUUGGGAUAGUAUUUGUAAUCUUUAUACUUGUAAUUUCGACGUUAUAAAUUUGUUGAUGACUUAUAAUUGUCAUGUAAAUAUCUCAGUUGUCCUCUUC